UUUUUGCCCGUCCUGUCACAUCCCGUAGGUCACAGCUGCCAGGCCGCAGUUACGCGACUGCGACGUGCCACCCGCUCCGACUCGGCGGGACAAGGCCGUCACGCCUCGACAUGAUAGAUCGCUGAACCUGCACCAUGUCAUUCGACAACACGUACGCCGCCUUGGUGUCGAACUGGGGCGACUUUCUCACCGUCGCCAUCCACACCAUCCUAUACGAGAGGCACAUCUACCCCCUCGAGACUUUCAUCACGGUCAAGAAAUGGAACUACCCUGUCCGGCAGUCCAGACACCCAAAGGUGUGCAAGUGGAUCAACGAUGCCGUGGCUGCCGUGCUGGAGGAGCUUCUCAAGUGUACUGUCGACAGGGUCGCCGUCGUCAUCUACUCGCAACAGGCUCAACCACUCGAACGAUUCAUGUUCGACCUUAGCAGAUUCCCCAUCGUGUCCAAGGAAGACCUUCACACACCUAUCCAACGUCUCACCCCCAGUGGACAGCAGCAGAGCCCCACGCCAGCCAACCCGGCCUCUGUCGACCUGCAGGAACAGUUCCGCGCCGUUAUGACGAAACUCACGGUCUGUGGCUCCAUGCUGAAGCCCAUUCCGCCCGGAUGCACAUUCACCGUGGCCAUCGAACUCAAGGACGCAGCAGAUCCACCCAUCGGCCAUCCUCAGCCUUGGAUUCCGGUUCAGCCGUCACUGCAGAGAGAAGUUCCGCGAGCCGACUCUGAAAGUACAUCCGUCAAGUCAGGCAGCGAUCUUGGCGGAGUAUAUACAACGCCCAUCAGAUCUGUUGCUUCUGGCGAAAUGGUCUUUGAGAUGUGGAUUGAGGAGGGCCAGGCGAAAGAGAAUGAGCUUCAGAGCUCCCCGGACGCCGCAAAGCAAUGAUUAACGUUUUCGCUGUUUUCGGCUGUCACAGUAUUGUCUGGGUAGACUAUGUCUUUGGCUUCAGCCUCAACUGCGUGGAAAAUUCUACGCUGUCGAGGCAAAACUCAGAAGCAAACCUGUUGCCAAUGGUGCACCGGCUUGUAGGUUAUCACGUUGAGCUUCUUGCCGGAACUACUCAGAUUGUAUCUCGAAUAGACAUAGCAAAAGUGAAAACUGAGCAUAGACAUUCUUGCAAGGAAGAAAUGACAAGAAAUUUUCUUUUUCUAAACAUCAAGGUAACUGGCC